CCGCGCCUCAGCUCUCAAAUUCCCCCGCCCCGAGGCCUAGGCCCCACUCGGGACCGACCCCACGGACCCCAGGACACUGCCACCGUCGCCGCCACUGCCCUGAGCCCUGAUGGGGGAGUGAGAGGCCACCCUGGCCGGACAUGGGCCUCCCCACCGUCCCUGGCCUGCUGCCGCCGUUGGUGCUCCUCGCUCUGUUGGUGGGAAUAUAUCCCUCAGGGGUUAUCGGACUGGUCCCCCACCUUGGGGACCGAGAGAAGAGAGAUAAUCUGUGUCCCCAGGGGAAAUACAACCACCCUCAAAAUAAUUCCAUUUGCUGUACCAAGUGCCACAAAGGGACCUACCGGUACAAUGACUGCCCAGGCCCAGGGCUGGACACGGACUGCAGGGAGUGUGAAACUGGCACUUUCACUGCUUCAGAGAACCAUGUAGGACAAUGCUUCAGCUGCUCCAAGUGCCGGAAAGAAAUGGACCAGGUGGAGCUUCUUCCUUGUACAGUGUACCAGGACACCGUGUGCGGCUGCAGGAAGAACCAGUAUCGGCAUUAUUGGAGUCCCUCCCUUUUCCAGUGCCUUAACUGUAGCCUUUGCUUCAACGGCACUGUGCAUAUCCACUGCCAGGAGAGGCAUGACACUGUCUGCAACUGCCAUGCAGGGUUCUUUCUAAGGGGAAAUAAGUGUAUCACCUGUAGCAACUGUAGAAGUGACCCAGAGUGCACAAAGCUGUGCCUGCCCACGACUGGAACCGUUAAGGGCCCUCAGGACACAGGCACCACAGUGCUGUUGCCCCUGGUGAUCCUGUUUGGUCUUUGCCUUUUAUCCCUCUUUAUCGGUAUAAUGUGCCGCUACCAACGGUGGAAGCCCAAGCUCUACUCCAUUGUUUGUGGGAAACCGGCACCUGUAAAAGAGGGGGAGUUUGAAGGAGUUAUUGCCAAGCCCCUAGCCCCAGCCUUCAGCCCCUCUUCGAGCUUCAGCCCCACCCUGGGCUUCACUCCCACCCCGGGCUUCAGACCCACCCCCAGCUCCAGACCCACCCCCAGCUCCUACUUCUCGCCCAGUGAGUGGUCCAACUUUACAAAUGCAUCACCUCCCAGAGAAGUGGCCCCACCCUACCAGGAAGCUGGCCCCUUCCUCACCGCGGCCGCUGCCUCCACCCAGAUCCCGGCACCUCCUCAGAAGGGGGAGGAGCGCUCGCACACGCUGCUCGCAGAUGCUGACCCAGCAAUGCUGUAUGCUGUGGUGGACGGUGUGCCCCCGUCUCGCUGGAAGGAGUUCGUGCGGCGCCUAGGGCUGAGCGAGCACGAGAUCGAGCGGAUGGAGCUGCAGAACGGACGUUGCCUGCGUGAGGCGCAGUACAGCAUGCUGGCAGUCUGGAGACAGCGGAUGCCACGACGCGAGGCCACGCUGGAGCUUCUGGGCCGCGUGCUCUGUGAUAUGGACCUGCGUGGCUGCCUGGAGGACAUUGAGGAGGCGCUGCAGGGCCCCGCGCCCCGAAUCCCCCGAUGAGGCCACGCCCACUGUCUCCUGGGCGGGGC